CACGUGAUUGAUUUUAGGUACUGUCAAGAAAGUUACAAUUCAUUUGAAGGAUGUCCGUGUGAACUGCAGCUGUUUAUGGUAUGUACAUAAUACAUAAAUUAUGAAUUAUAUAUACAGUACAUGGUUAGGAAGCUUUCAAAAUUUCUUGUCGUUUAUUGUGUAUCUUGUGCAUCACGGUCAUGAAAAAACUUAAAUGUUAGUAAUAAUGUCUGUUAAUGGACCAUUCUCCAAUUAACCAAAAUUUUGAACUCAACAAGUCUAGACAAAAAUUUCAUCACAGCUUGAAAGAGCAUCACAAAAUUAGUAAUAUUCUAUAUUAUCCCCAUUUUAUAACAAAAUGUUGUAAAAUGGGGAUAAUAUAGCUUUGCGAAGUUUGCAAUUUUCAGUCAUUUUAGAUUACAAACGGGAAAUGGUUACCACUUCUGUGCGUAAUACAAAAUGACAGAAAAUUACAAACUUCGCAAGGCUAUAUUAAUUAUCCGCAUUUUACAACAUUUUGCAACGAAACUUUGGAAUAUUACUAACUUUGUGAUGCUCUUUCAAGCUCUGAUGAAAUUUUUGUUUAGGCUAGUUAAGAUCAAAAUUUUGGAAACGUGGUAACCAUUUCUCGUUUGUGUUCUAAAAUGACUGAAAAUUGCAAAUUUCGCAAGGCUAUAUUAUCCGCAUUUUACAAGAUUUCGCAACGAAACUUUGGAAUAUUACUAAUUGUGUGAUGCUCUUUCAAGCUGUGAUGGAAUUUUGUCUAGACUUGUUGAGAUCAAAAUUUUGGUUAAUUGGGGGAAUGGUCCAUUAAUGUAUGUGGUAUUUUAGCACUUAUAUUAUAAAGUACGUGAUACGUGAGCUGGUACUGAAUUGAAUUUAUUCAGUACAUUUGGUUAAAGUUAUGUUUGUGUAUCUCGGGGUCUUAUUUUAUAUUUUUCCUCCAUUUUACUGCUUUGCCAGCUUUGGCGUUUGUAAUUAAGCAAACUGUAACUUUUUUUGAAAUAUUGUAGUAUAUUGGUGCAAGGCCGUACACAGCGGGGGGAGGAGGGGGGGGGGGCAAUGGGGCAACUGCCCUUCCAGAGAAAACUAUAUUUACGAUUUUUAGAAUGUCAUUAUUAAUUAUUCUUUGGACUGAUUUGGGACUUUUUUCGGCAUAUAGCCCUUACUCCCCCCCCCCUGGUGAAAAAAUCCUGCAUAAGGUCCUGUAUUGGUGAUUUGUAAUCAAUUCCUUGAGAUUUGUAAGGCAAAGAUAUGGCAGAAAUAUACAGUAUUGUAAUGCUUUCCCAUUCGCGCCACCGGCUAUGUGCCAUAACUGAUUGGCGCGAGCGCUAACGAGCGCUAAACAAAUAUCACUCCCAACGAAUCGUGAAGAGACUUCAUUUUAAAGAAGAUCAUAUAUGUUAGCUGUUAUUAAUUGUAACAACGUUGUUCACCAUGUAGUUAAGAAAGACUGCUAGCGUAUCUCAGCGCAUGAAAAAUAUCACUCGUACGCUGGUAUACGCUGAUAUAUCCUUGAAGCACGGUCGCAUAUGGUGGUGUGCCGCUGGCAUACAGCCUGGCCAGGCGAGACAGAAACAUUUUUUGAGCAUGCUUAAAAAUUUUGUGCGUAUUCGGACGUAUGGUUUAUACGAUAAACCUACUCUAGGCGCACGCUGAAUACGCUAGAUGGUACGCCGCAUGUACGGUACUCAUACACUGGCAUUUCAAGGGAUGGAAUCCAGUCUUCUACAAAGCAAGUUCCAUCUUGGCAACGAUUCCAACUACGUCAUGUUCUGCAAAAAGAUCUUUCAGUGAGUAAUCAUGCUGUAUAACUGUUGAACGUUUGCUUCGUUUGGACUUUUGGAAUUCCUCAAGCCUUAUUUUUCAAGAUCGAAAUUCUCGGUGAUCACAAUUUACAAACUAAUGGCUAAACAUGUCGGGAAAUUAGUGAUUAAAUGUCCCCUUAGGCUUGGGAGGAUUCUUCCUUCGCCUUCAGGACAUUUAAUCACUAAUUUCCCUCAUGUCAUGCUAUUACUUAUAAUUAUCGACAACUAAAGGAUAACAUUUUUUGUUUAGGAAUUUGACGUCUUCUAUUGCCGACAUUAUAGUAUUGGAUUAUAUUGCAAAUGGACAACUGCUAUUAAAACUAGACGGAAAUGAAACGGUAUCUUUAAACUUUCCUAAAAAGCUGAAUGUUGAAAAAAAACAAGUAAGAAGUGCUCAAUUAAAUCUGUUCUUUACCUAA